CUCCUGGCGUCCCUGCUCCUUGCGCGGCUCCUGGGCGAGCAGGUGGGCGGAGCGGCGAGAGGCGAGGCGAGGACUGAUGCUCUGGGUCUUUGCUAGGCUCCGGCUGCCGCUCCUCUCGGCCUCUCGCCCGCAGUGCUUUGCUGCUGCAUCGCCAUGGAUUUCAACAUGAAGAAGCUGGCCUCCGACGCGGGCGUCUUCUUCACGCGAGCCGUGCAGUUCACGGAGGAGAAGCUCGGUCAGGCUGAGAAGACUGAAUUGGAUGCGCACUUUGAAAACCUUCUGGCCCGGGCGGACAGCACCAAGAACUGGACGGAGAAGAUCUUGCGUCAGACGGAAGUCUUGCUGCAGCCAAACCCUAGUCUGUCUGGUCUUCCAGGUGCCAGAGUCGAAGAAUUCCUGUAUGAAAAGCUAGACCGGAAAGUGCCCUCUCGAGUCACCAAUGGAGAGCUCCUGGCGCAGUACAUGAUCGAGGCAGCCAACGACUUUGGCCCAGGGACUCCCUAUGGAAAGACCCUCAUCAAAGUCGGGGAAACCGAGAGGCGCCUGGGAGGAGCCGAGCGAGAUUUCAUCCACUCCGCAUCCGUCAACUUCCUGAGUCCUUUGCGCAACUUCCUGGAGGGAGACUGGAGAACCAUUUCUAAAGAAAGACGGAUCCUGCAGAACCGCCGCCUGGACCUGGACGCCUGCAAAGCCCGACUGAAGAAAGCGAAGGCUGCCGAAGCCAAAGCAGCGGCUGUGCCUGACUUUAACGAGACUAGACCACGUAAUUACAUUCUCUCCGCCAGCGCAUCAGCGCUGUGGAGCGAUGAAGUGGAAAAAGCUGAGCAUGAGCUCCGGGUGGCCCAGACCGAGUUCGACAGGCAGGCCGAAGUCACUCGCCUCCUCCUGGAAGGGAUCAGCAGCACCCAUGUCAACCACCUGCGUUGUCUCCAUGAGUUCGCAGAAGCUCAGGCCACAUACUAUGCACAGUGCUACCAGUACAUGUUGGACCUUCAGAAACAGCUGGGCAGCUCCAGAGGAGAAAUGCUUCCUGGAACAUUUGUGGGCAACGUAGAGUCCACGUCUCCUCCCCCCACCACUGCCUCCCCCACUGCCUUGGCUGCUGCCACGGGCCCGGCAGUGCCCACCAUUCCCGUGGUGCCCACUGUUGUUGGCGCCCCUAACUCUGCCCCAACGGUAGAAGGUCUGAACCCCAGCGAUGUGAAGCCUCCCGCCAGUGGGACACGGAAGGCCCGAGUGCUCUACGACUACCAGGCGGCUGACAGCAGCGAGCUCUCCUUGCUUGCCGACGAGAUGAUCACUGUGUACAGCCUGCCAGGGAUGGAUCCAGACUGGCUCGUAGGAGAGAGAGGCAAUCAAAAGGGGAAGGUUCCCGUCACCUACUUAGAACUGCUCAGUUAAGCACCUCUGGGGAAGGAGCCCUUCCGGCAAGACUUCUGCCCCUCUGUGUCCUCCUGGCGCCUUGUUUAAAGGCUGGCCGACUUCAUCCAAGACCAUUGCUCUCUUCAGGGUCAGAUUUCGCAGUUUGGAUUGAGCCAACGGAGGUGGUGGUGGUGGUGGGGUGGGCGUUUGGGUGUAACCACUUCACUUUUUUCCAGGAUCCCGAGCCUGAAUCAACCUAACCAUGCUCACACCUGGCUUGAGGGUUAGCAAGUUAACUACUUUCUGGGUUCCCUCUACACUUUUACGCCCUUUAUGGUUGACUAAUUAAAAGAACCCGCCCGCCCCUUUUUCUCUUCCAUUGGAACUGCAAUGAAUUUUAAUAGGUGCAGCGAAGAGAUUUUUCUACACUUCAGCUGCCCUGUUCUGGGAGGUGCCUUUUCCAGCCUGGCCUGAGUUCUCACUACCUGUUUCUUCCCCACCCUGCUUGUCCGCUUCCAGCCGUUUUGUGCAUUUCCCCCGAGUUAAGGAGAAACCUUUUUUCCUUAACAGUCGUGAACAGGUUAGUGAACUGCAAGCCAGGAGGGAGGAAAGAAUGGAAGCUUUAGCACAUGUCCACGGCCCCCUACUCUUCAAAGUAAAGCCAUGGGGGUUGGGCGCGGGGGGGGGGGGGGGAGCUUGUGCAAAUCAAUUGGUCUGGAGAGAAAAAAAGUGCUUCAAAACUGCCGUUGCUCAGCUUCUUUUCUCUCCCCCCCCCCGCCACCCCCAAAUUGUUAAACUUGUCCUAGUCUUGCUCUUUUCAUCCAGAUUUCUUCCUUGUUCUGAUGUAACUUUGUUCCAUUCCCAGCCCUCUUUGGGAAGGUUAGGAAGGCUGGACUUUUUGUUGCUGUUGUUAAUGCCGGAUGUCAGGAAACAGCUGUUUGGUUUCUGGAAAUCUAUGAAAUGCUUUUCCUCUUGCCCGUGUGAAGAGGACUCAUACUGGUCUUUCUGCCCCACUGUUGGCUUGCAUAUUAAUGUGGUGGGGGGGGGGGGAAGAGUUGUGAUGCUUUGCAGUUCCUUGUGAAGCCCUGCAGGCGUUCCGUGCCUGGGGCUGCUACCAUCUCACACACGCACACACACACUGCUGAAGUGCAGAGUGGAGCCAUAUUUCUUCUUGAGGUAGCGGGAAGAGCCAGUCUUUUAUAACAACAGCGCAGGUCAAACCCAUCAGCUGCUCAGCAGUGCCGCUGGCUGCAUGGACCACUUUAGCUUGCUUGGUUUUUUUCCUCCGAGUUCUUCUCUCUUCUGAGCUUCUUUGUGAUUUCCCUGAUGUUAAGAUUUCAGAGCACUUCCAUGUUGGAUAUAUCUAUAUAUAAACACACACAAGGUUGACUUUUGCCAAUAAACACCUAGCCUGCC